AUGCCAGAGAUUGAUUCGGACCACCCGAACCCGUGCUAUCCGAAGGCGUGCGCCAUCCAGAGCUGCCUCACCUCGAACAGCUUCAACCAGUCCAAGUGCGAGCACCUCAUCGACGACCUCUACCGCUGCUGCGCACAGUUCUACAAGCAGCGCGGCACCGACGCCGAGGCCGACAGCUGCCCCAUCCCCUCGGUCGUCGAGCGUCGGAUAAAGAAGAUGGAGGCCGAAGGAAAGGGCGGCGACGGAGGCACCUUCCUCGAGACCCGCCGCAAGUCCGUCGGCGUGAUGCACAUCAAGGGGUUCUCUGUCGCCUAG